UGGGAAUUGAUUUCAUUUCUCUACGCAGCUAAAAACGAGCGAUAAAUUUUAUCUUUCUUUUGCGGCAUGCCCAUUGAACUGUAUCAGACUCCAUCACUAUCAAGUUCGCCCUCACUCGACAGUGCGUUUCAUGACUGUAAGAUAGGAAGUAUUAAAUCGAUUUCAUUAACUUAACUAUGUCCUAAUUAAAUUCAACUCAUAAAUAUUAUAUAUUGGCUCUCUUGCUGACCUUACUCUACAUCUUUUUGAUAAUUAUAAGUGCAAACGCCCAUUCAUACAGCCACGAAACGCACUGUCUGCCAACUCCAGCUCCAAACCAGGCCCAAACUGCUCUUGGCUAAAUGGAAUCGGUUGCCUCGGCUAAUGGCGAUGCAAAUGAGAUGAAGUGAAACGUUAGGAACAAUCAAAUCGGCAAUGGAGCAGGAUAGAUACUUGCUCAAUAUACGAAGUUAACGACGGCUCUAAUAGGUUUAAUUAUAUUGGUGUUGUGCGCCUCUCCGAAUCGAUUAUUUUUGUAGCUUCGAACUUAUUUGAAUUGUAUCUGAAUAAUUGUUGCCUCGAUUCCACUCGGUUCGAUUCGAUUCGACUUGACCCGAACCGACUUGUUUCGCCUCGGUUCGACCGUUGAUGAUUAAGCUUUAAAUGUGCUUAGCGAAGUAAGUGUGGAAAUGGAAUAAAGUGCAUGGAAAUUAAGCGCCAAACAAUGUUUGUUGAUUCACCCCCUCCAAGGAGUCCGCCCUCGAUACUCGUGGAGGUGGGCUUGUUUGGGGGCUUGUACCUGUACGCUUUCAUUAUCUUCCCCGGAUACAAAAAGUAGCUCACCUUUUGCCAUAUUUGGUUCGCAAUCUUUUCAAUUUCGCGUAGGUGGGUUGCCGUUUAGAUAUGGAUAGUUACAUCGACUGGGGUACAUUUUAGCUGAGGCCAGGAGCCCAAAACUGAAUCCACUUCCAUGCCAGACCCCGCCUCUCUGCUGCUUAGAGAGACAAUUUGUCACCGGGCAUCGAUCAAACAUCCGGACAUCCCAGUGGCCUGGCAACGGGCGCCAUUGAGACCUGUAUGACGGGCCAUAACCGCAAGGGAGCGGAGUGGAGCCGCUAAUGUCUGGAGUGCACAUCCAAGUUCAUUAGUCUUGGAUGGGUGCGGAAAAGCUACGCGACACGAAAUGGAAAGUUUUGGCGAAGUUUCCAGCUGGUGAAUGGUCGUAAAUCGCAGCGCGAAAAGCUAAAGGUCUAAAAAUAUCCCGGCACUCGAAGGCAAUCGAUGUGCCCGCAGCUGGCAGAGAUGGGCGAACGCGAGCCGGAGUCGGACGAGGACUGCGAGGUCUACUUCCUGAAGCCGGUCAACGAGUACAACAUUGUGGACAGGAUCAAGGAGGCCAACAAGGAGCUCUUUGCGCUGGACGACGAGUCCUCCAAUGGCAACGGCAAGGUGACCAAGGUGAAGUUUGCCCUUAAUCUGGAGGAUUACGAGCCCACGGAGCAGCAGAAGGAUCUCAGUCCCAGUCCGCCCGAUGAGCUGCUGCAGCAGUUGACGCAGCUGAAGCUGAAGCCCAUUGCAGAGGAAGAACCAGCGGCUCCAGAAGUGACCAAGUUGGUAGAGCAGCCGCCUCCGAUGGAAGAACCCGAAGUGGAUGAAGUGGAGGAGGAGAUAUGCGAGGAAAUCGUGGACUUGAGUGAGGUGCCCCAACAGCCAGUGGUCCAGGAAGCCACUCCCAUCGAGGAUGAAGACGACUUCUCCGGUGUAGAUGAGGCAGACCUGGAUGACGAUCCUCCGGCAAAGGACUCUUCUGUGCCCGGCUCCCUUCAACUGAGACAGGGCACUUUCGACCAGGAUGACUCCGACCAGAAGAGUCUAACCAAUCUGCUAACCGAAUCCGAUUGCGAGGAGGAGGAACGGACCUUGAAUGAGGCUCGCCAGAAGCUAAGGGAUGCCUACAAGAAUCUCUACAAGACUUUGGAUCCGAAGCAGCAGGCAACCAUCGACAGGUUGACGGGCGCCGAAACUGAAGUGCCUUUGCCGGCGCCAGCGCCUGUGGUGGCUCCAGUUGAAGCCGAAGAGGAGGAUGAUCUGUCCAUCAUUGUGGCCAGCUAUAUUCCAGAUGACUUUGAGCUCAACGAGCAGAGCAUUUACUACAAGAAGGAGGAGCCCGAUGAUGUCAGGGAAUCCUGCACCACAUGUCCCAAGGCGACUUCCAAGACCUUCUUCACUUCGCGCAGUUUUAGCUUUCGUCGUCGGCCCAAGCCCACGGCCACUCCAUCCUCUGCCUCCGCUUCUACGACGUCUCCAUCGGUGCGGAUGAACUACAAGAUCUGCUGCGAGCACCGGCAUUCGAUUCAGGGCAAGUUACCCAGGUACACGGGCUACAUGUCCGAGUACGGACUGACUGCCCAGCAACUGCAGCGGCGGGACCAGCAACUGCGGCGGAAGCAGCGCUUCUCCAUGGAGCAGACCAUCAAUCGCAACGAGCAGGAGCUGAAGAAGAUGCAGGACAACGAGCGCGCCUUCACCACCUGGCUGAAGAACAAGAUGCGCUAUCCGAUCAACAAGACCCGCAACAUGUUCGAUGCGCACAAAAGGCGGGGCAGUGUGGCCGCCGCCGGAAGUCCGCGCCAGCAUCCCCAAGCUCAUCCUCAUCUCCACCAGGAGCAGGAGCAGCGCGGCGGACGGCGAAGGCGGCGACGCGACAGCGGGGAAGUGGAGGUGCACGCCUAUAGGCACCUGCUCGGCAGCUGGAACAAGUAGGAUGUAGUUCUUACAUUAGUUUAUUAUAGUAAUGUAUCGUAUUAUAUUUAAUUUGUAAUACAACUUUUGAAGCGUGACAAAAAUGAGUGACAGGGAUCGGGGUGGCGGGUCCUUUAACAGAUAGACAAGGGUAACAGGAGAGCUAAAUUACGACCGGAGUGCCCCACAGGCUUGGCGACAGGAACAGCUCCCUCCCUAAUGACGCGACUUCUUCGACUUGUGUCCAUUGUCGCGACUGUCAUCACGCGAGCGCUUG